UAAAAGUUAGAACCGCUUAUAUAUUGCAAUGAAAAUGACGAAAAAGAGUCGGGCUCCGUUCGGCGUCGCCACGAAACGAUUCAUCAAAGUUGGAUUACACCCAGAAUUGGAUGCUACUGUUAUGAAACGGGAAAACGUCAAUGUCGGACCGACAACUUACUGUCCAAAACUACACGCUUGCAAAUUUAAAACGGGACUCCGUUGGGACAGGGAACUAGAACUGGAAGAAUUCUCGAGAUGUUUGGGAUAUAGGAACUACGACGUGCUCUACGAGAGGAAAUUCUUCUCAAGUCUAAGAGGUCCCGGUACCCAGGACAUCGACGAAACCUUUUACUCGAAGCAAACCUGCUCCGUCAAAGACAAUGUGGGAUUCGGCACGGAAAAGAGAUUUAGCAAAAGCCUGCAAAGCCUAGCGAAUCCAGCUCCAGGCACAUAUACUCCCAUUCAGUAUCGUCGGCCGUCUUCAAAUCUGCCCACGUUCGAACACGAUGGGUUCGUAGACCGAUUUAAAAGACAGAUCAGGCCUUAUCACUUGACACCCAAUCGGUACCAGGUCAGGGAUGAAAAGAGCACCGCAGAUAUAUUUAGAAAGCUAGUUUCGCGUCGAGGCCCCUACGAUUUGUUUACCGGCCCCAGAGAUGGAACCACCAUCAAGAACCACUUCGGCACAGCGCUCUUCAAAGUACCAGAUUAUUUUCACGUCCCGCCUAGCGACGUGAACGUAUUGCUCCACCAUUCUAGCAAAAAAAGGUACGGACGUUUUCUCGCGGCCGAACGCUUCCAAAAGAAACCGACCACGAGAGCCCUGUUGAACGAUCUGAGCAUGUGCUAUCGCUCUCCGGAUGAGCCAGGUCCGGCUCAUUACGAUUUGAGCACAUUCAAAAGCAUUAGGAAAAAACCCGAAUCGGUCUACCCGUUUGGAACGUCAAAUCCCCACUCCAGGCCGCCGGUAGACUGGAGUAUAUCGCCUGGACCGGGAAGAUACAACCCCAAGCGGGCCAGAUGCAUGAGAUCUAGACGGCCGAGUUGGGUGUUUCUUUCCAAACAACCCCGGGAGUUGUUUAAAGUUGUCGAUUACAGGGCAUUUUGGGUGUAGUAAAUAAAUGUU